UAUUAAUUUCCCCACGAGAGACUGUAAGAGUAAAUAGGCAUUGCUAAAUUAUUAAAUGAAUGUCUGACAGAACGUAAUGCAUUGAUUACUAAACUGCAGUAUUACACAGACACUCGCUCCAUCUUGCUUUGAUUUAGAAAACAUUAAACGUAUCGCAUCCUGCGGUUGAUUUAUGUUGAAACACACGCAUUCUUUUCCGCUUAUCGAUGAUCGGGCUGUUGAUGUGCCAGUCCGUAAUAUAUACCCUGGCUAUGCAAACACGCCAUUAUAUCUUGCAAGACGAAAGACUCUGUGACAGCACCGAAUGCGGGGUACAAAUGCACUAUGUGACGCUGGACGACGAGAUCAAAGUUUACGGUGGAUGGGUUAAGGUGCACCCGUCCUCCCAUACUCAUGGCAGCUGUGGUAGGGAUCUGGCUUGUGAACUCCAGUUGGUACCAGACUCUGGCAGCCUCAAGAAACAGGAGUUUCAUCUCAUCUUCCUCCAAUUCCAGCUUGAUGACUCUAAUGACGAAUUCAUGUUAAAACUGGAUCAAGCCAGUUCCACAUCUUUCAAAGAUGUUAGCCAGAUAGCCACGAUAACCAGAGACUCGGAAAGACCACAUGAUUACAUGAGCGGUGUCGGCAAAUUUGUUCGCUUCCGACUUACACAUGGAAACAGAACCGAUGAUUUUGGAUUCACGAUAAGCGUUACAAGAACAGGCGCUACAUUCGAUCCAUCCAAGUCAGAUGAUAACCCUAUGGCUCUGUCACCUCCUGUCACGAUUUUCAUCUCCGUCAUUGGAAUUAUCAUUUUAUUUUUCAUCGUUUAUAUGAUAAUAAAGACCAUCAAACUAAGAAGCAAUUUUCUGUCUUCCCGGAGAAACAGUGGACAGCCGCUGAACAAUAUCGCACUCACGGAAAGAAACCCAAGUCAUCCAAGAAGGGCAGAGGCAAAUUCUUACACACAGCCACCAAGCGCGGACCGUCCAAGCAUUGUCCGACAUGCCUCUGACGAGGACGAGAGCUACGUCCUGACAGAUUUCCCAUAUGUCAAUACACCAAUGGUUAUAGUCGGGAAUUCGGACAGCCCCCCGGACAGCACCGAAGUUGCGGACAGCACCGAAGUUCCGGCCAAACCACCACCGACGUAUGAAGAUGUGAUGCAAUUUUCGGAUGAAUGAUGGAAUAUAUUUUCAUAGUCUUGUAUGUAUAUUUGCAGUUCCGGGGAAUUAUUGCAUUUGAACAAUUUUUUUUCCCCAGAGAUACUAGUACAUGUAUAUACUGUGUACGGGAAAUGUGUAAUACAUAUAUAUUAUUACUACAGUAACUUGAUCCGAAGAGUCGGAUCACGUCGAGUUGACAGGCGCGGAUCAUCAGAUCACACGAGACGCGAAGCGUUGAGUUUGAUCUGAUGAUCCGCGCCUGUCAACGAGACGUGAUCCAACUCUUCGGAUCAAGUUACUGUAGUAAUGAUAAAUUUAUUAUAUACCCCCUAUGCAUUUUUAAAUCCACAUUUAUAUGAUACUAAAUGUAAUCCAACUUAUCAAAAAUACAGACAUACAGUGAAAUUAUGUUUUGUGUAUACAUUUUUGUUUGUGACGCGGCCAAUAUUUUAAGUAAAAAACGUUGCGUUGAUGCAUUGUGACAGCAUCAGUUUCAGAGGAUACUGAUCAUUCUCUCACCAGAGGGCGCGCUACGCAAGCUUCGCGUUGUGGAGCGUAGCGUAACGCCCUCUGGUGAGAGAUUGGGAUACUGAUACGGAAUCAGAAAACCACAGUGUGGUGAUCCGGAAAACCGGAUAUUUAAUACGCUGUGAAAUCCACAGUAUCAAAGAACGAUACAUUGGUGGGUAUAUAAUAAUGUAUUUAUAUAUGUAUAUAUAAUUAUUUAUCUGCAAUGAAAAGGUGGAUUUCGAAUCUACCUAUCAUUCAGGUUAACUACCCAAUAAACUAGCCAUUGUGAAUUUCAGGUUAUUAAGAAUCAUUACUUCUAGUCAGAAAAUGAGGAUUUUUUCAACAUUUAUAAUUUAAUCCUUAUUCUUGAAUCACAGAGUUAAAAGUAAGGUUUUUGCAAAGACAAUUUAUUUCUCGGUUGAUGCUCAUUAAUUGUAUUUAAACUCACGUGGCAAUACAGGAACAGUAGGUCAUGAUUUAAGCGUUUAAUUUGCACAAUGUGUAAAUCUGGUGUAUCAGAGUUACAAGCACAGGGGCUAAGCCCGUUUUGGGCCCAAACUCUAUGAUACCAUAAAUAUAGUUAUGGUAUCACAGAGUUCGGGCCCAAUACGGGCUUAGCCCCUGUGGUUACAAGGGGAAUAAAUAUUACAUAUGGCGGCUACAGUACAACAGUUAAAAACUCUUAGCAUUUUACCUGUAAUAUUUUAACAGCUUAAGUAAAUUGAUAGUAACGAUAUGAUAUCUGUACAGAAUUUGUUCUGUUUUUCUGAUUUGUUUGAAUAGUAAAAUAAUAUAUGAAAAUUGUACUUUUUAUUACGGACCGGUGAUUUUCCCAGUUUCUGUGGAUAAUUUACUUCGUUUUGUGAGGACUGUGUUGGGCUUCCUGGUCCGUUUCCUUUAACGCUUUUGAUGCAAGUUGAUUGUUUUCGAAUUCACCCCCCCCCCCCUCCCCUAAAUUGAAUAGAAUAACAUAAAAUUUACUGUAAGAUUGCGUGUGCGACGUUGCGUCAAAGGACAAACUUCACACAAAACAAAAUUUUAAAGUGAAAGUUUUUUUUUUUUCAAUUUUCAGCUUUAAAAAAGAAUAGGAUGACUACAGAUCGAUGAUUAUGAAGUGUGUUUUUACAAUAAGUCUACAUCAUGUAUUCAUUUGAGCGAGAACUACCCUCCAGUACAAAUUCCUUAUAUUAUAUCUCUGACAUUUUCCCCAAGUAAAAUGCUUUACAGCUACAUGUAAUACGCAGUAUGAAUUUUUUAUAUAUAUCUAUGCAUAGAAUUAGGUGCAAUUGGGCAUUUUUGAGACCUUAUUGUUUUCGAGUCCAUCAUUAUUAUGUCUGAAUAGUCUUCUUUUUUUUUUUUUUCCUUGAUUUGAAGGACAUUUUUUCUGCGGUAGAAUUGGUGCAAGACAAGAGGAAAUCGUGAAAGAUGAAUUACUGUAUAAAUUUGAAACUAUGUAUCCUGUUUCACGCUGAUGGUUGGGUUUUUAUAGCUAAAUCUGCUGACGAUUAAUUGAACAAUAUGUAGUGAAUGACUUUUGCAAAUGCUGUACUGUUAUACAAUGGGGCCGGAAUGAUAGUGUUGAUUUUUAAAAUUCCUAUGACAAAAAUCUCGCUUAUUGUAUCACAACAAUGAAAUCAAAGAAAACGUAAUCGAAUUUUAAAUGUUUAUAGGUAUCGUAUUUUCACGACCGGGGUCAUUUUUAAAGCAUAAACAAGAAACAUAACCCAUUUUCAUGUGAACAAACAUAGAAAUUCAAAUAUUGCGUUAUCAGAAAAAUCGGACAACAAUUUUUUUUUCUACAAUAUUGCUAUGUUAGCGUUACUGUAUUGCUGUGAUGUGUGGGGAUAUCAAACUUCUGAUGUCAUAGAACAUGUGUAUUUUUUUUUUCUUUCUAGUUUUAACUUAAAGGGGCAUGGACACGAUUUGGGUAAAAAAAAACAAAAAAACAUACUUUGAUGAUAUGAUAGAAUUUGAUACAUAUAAGAUUUAACAACAAACCUAAAUCUCUUUUUAAGAAUGGAUGCAAAAAUAUAUCUGAGAAAUCUAAACUUAUAAUUUUGAAAACGAGACACGGCCCUGGUUAGGAUUUCAUGUUAUUUAACUCAAUUAUCAACAUGACGCCAAAAUCGACUGCUUCAGUGAAAAAAUAUUUUACAACAAAUUUUUUCAGGUCUGUCUUCUUUGUGCUUGCUCCCUAAUUUUGAAUGCCUUUGACAUACUUUUUAGUUAUUUUGUUUUCUCACCUUCGCACGUGGUUUCCUAGCUAAUGACAAGCGUUUGUUUCUAGUCCUAUGAAAAGCACGCGCAUGUGUCUACAAACACGAUAUAUGGAGCUGGAUUUUAUGUAAAUUCAAAGUGUAUCCUAGGUGAAAAUAUUUUAAUUCACUUAAAAAAAAUUAUUUUUUCUCUAAUGAAUAAAAACUUUAAUUGAUCAUAAACUGUGUCCCUGCCCCUUUACGGUGAAUGAGGGCGUUUCCCUCGGUAUGUCGAUGAUCUCAUAUUAUUACUUUGUGUAAAAAUGUUUUGUAAAUGUAAUGUAAGCGUGUAGAACUAUUGAAUGUCAUUGUGAUGAGAACGUUUCCAGUGUCUCUGUCGCUAUUGUAUAGAAAUAUAAUUAUGCAUUCAAGGGUUUUAGCGCCCAUAAGUUACUUUUUGUUGUAUUUUAUAAACGUAUUUUUUCAAUAAAAUGUAAUAAUUAUA